AUGCUGCGCACUAUCGUGGAGCAGAUCCGUCUCGAGUUCCACGCCGGGAUGCUACUAGUAAGCCCCGGCUGGUUCCAUAAGCCCCCGCCAAUGUCCCGACGACAAGGAUCCGAACCUGCAGAGGCCCUGGGCUCUUUCACAGCUGCCGCUAAGGCUGCCCCGCCUGGUGGAUGUCUGCCUGAGAAUCUCCAUCGGGAGUGGAUUACUCCCCUGGGGACAGCCAAUGCAGAGACUGCGUCCAUAAAAGAUCCGGGAAUCUGA